GGCAUUCGUUCAGUGUUAGCCGCUCUGCCUAAUAAAAGAGACGGGUAGCACAGGGUACAAACAACGUCAUCGCUGCAAGCAUGGAGCUCGGCAGCAUGCGGCUUCGCUGUUGCCCCCAGGCGCCUCCAAACAAGAUUAAACCACUACCUAGAACGAUCAGUGCUGGAGCUCGGCGUCUCUGCAGCCGCCGCCGCCGCGCAGGAGCUCUGCUGCAUGUCGCUGCCCCAGACUCGCGUCCCCUUGAGACCGUCUGCGCAGACAGCACCGGCCAAGGCACAAAACCGAGGUUCUCCCGCCCCCCUGGUUCUUCGAUCUGUGUGUUGCUUUCUCUAUUUAGUAUAGUGGAUGACGCGAUGUACAGGGACGACGACAAGUUUUGCCUGGUGGAGAUGGAGGUCCGUGACUGCGAGCUUGACCAGUACGGGCUUGUCAGCAGUGAUGUAUACGUGGAUUACCUCGAAAAUGGUCGGCAGCACUGUAAUAUGGGUUGUGCUUCGGCUUCUCGAUCAAUUAUUACUUCACCUAUUUCUUUUUUGUUUUUACUUGGAUCCUAUCUAGCUCGGGAAGUGUUUGCUUCGAGGCUCGGCAUCGGCAGAGAUUCGAUCGCACGAACAGGCAACGCUCUGGCACUCUCCGAGCAGAAACUCAACUACUACACGCCUCUCAAGCGUGGCGCUAGGUUCGUUGUCAUGGUGAGGGUCGUCCAGAUCAAGGGCGCGCGGAUGGUCCUCGAGCACUUCGUCGAGACGCUGCCGCCGGAGCGCAAGCUCGUCCUGGAAGCGACGGCCACCGUGGUCUUCCUCGACAAAGACUACCGUCCGACGCGCGUGUUCCCGGAGGUGGCGUCCAAGAUGCGGCUGCACUUCUUCUGAUCCUAGCUACGACCAUGCAAGCAUGCAUGUUGGAUCUUCGUGCCUACUGUUGCCAUGCUCAAUGGGUAGUGGUAUUAAUUAGAGCAUAUUCGUUGAUCCAAAGGGGUAACUACAUGGAGGGGGAUGAAAACCGUUUCCGAAAACCCCGUAUAUCGUUCCCGUAAAGAUAAUAUCGUUUUAAAAAAUAUUACCAUAUUUAAAACAUGAAUUUCAAAUAUCCAGCAAGACCAGGUAAAGAGACUGAUUUAAAUCUAUCGUUUUUUGGGCUCCACUUUCCGUCUAGCAGGGAUUGGUAAAGGGUCCGCUAUAAUACCUAACGAACACGGCUGUCACCCUGCAAAUGUGGAGGAUCUCAUCGCGUUCGCUAUCUGAUAGCUCUGUUCGCUCCCGCUUGUCAUUUUUUACAGCAAACCCACGUGGGCGCUCGCUUGUCAUGUACUCCAUCCGUCCCAAUUUAGUAGCCGUUUUAGCACUUGUUUUUAUGUCUAUAUUUAAAUUGGUGAUAAUGAAACUAAAGACACAUAUACAAAGUACAUACGUUAAUUAUUGUACGAAUCUAUUAAAAAGCUAAAACGAAUUUUAAUUUAGGACAUAUGGAGUUUUGGUCUUUUUCUACUUCUCUUGCGGGUUUGAAAAAAAAACAAUAUUUUCGAGCUGCAGCGAGUCUCUUUAGCUCAGCAGCUAUCUUUUUUCUUUGUCCAAUACCGAAUAAAAUGUACAAAACAAAGUCUGGUAGCACAUUUUGGUCGAAAAAAUAUUAGUAAUGUAGGUUACAUAAUGUAUUUAACUUAAUUAGUCUGUAAUUCAAUUUUGGCACACACGAACGAUUGUUGUAUGCAUGUACCACACGGAAAAAUAAUUAAUACAAAUGUCCGGUAAAUUGUUUGACUAAAUAUGAAGGAUACACGAUUUCCCUAAAAAUGGAUAAUGUAUUAUAUUUUAAUUUUGCAAGACAUGAAAUCCCGUUAGAGGAUGAAAUUUAGCUGAUGUUGCUGAAGAUAAAGAAGAUGUAGAGGACAAAAAUUUUAGAGAGUGUUGUAAAGGAUAGAGGAUAUUGGUUUAGAAGAUGGAAUUUA